CCGCCGCCGUCGCUUCCGGCCCACUCCCGGCACUCACCAUAGAGCGGGGCCAGGGAGCGGGGGCGGCGGGGCAGAGCGGUUGGGUGAGCCGCACAAAGGGCGGCGCUCCCUCCUGCCCGGUGCGCGGCGGGCACCAUCGAGAUGCGCGGCGCCGGGGGGCAUGUGGCGGCGGGCCCGCAGAGCCAUAAACCCUCUUGCCCAGCACAGAGCCAGUGCCCAGCAGCAGAUAAAAGGCAAUGAGUGUGGAAACAGCUGCGUCUGAGGCUGCUGGUGGGGAGAUGGAGGCCUUGUGCUCGGAGCUGCUCCUGCCCACACCGGGAGAUGUAGGAGCUGUGGGAAGCUCCGGUGCUGCCAGCGCUGGCCUGACUGGGACACCCCCACUGACUGUAAGCCAGAGGUUGCUGCUGACCGAGGCCUCGAUGCCUGGAGAAGGGGUUCAUGCAGAAGGAAGCAACAUGGAAAUAUUCAUCGAGGCUGUUGCUGGCAAUGUGGCACUGAGCAAUGCAGCCAAUGCCACAGAGGUGCUGGUCAAAGUGGUGGAGCUGUAUUUCUGCGAGAGGUGCAGCCAGAGUUUCCCAGAGCCCUCCCUGCUGUCCCAGCACCAGUGCCUGCUGCUGGCAUCCUCAGGACAACUGGAGCUUGCUGGGGUGCUGUCGGCACCCGCCAGCGAGGAGCAGAGCGAGGCAAGGAGCGAGGAGCCGCCGGGAGCAGGUGGGCAGGAGGGCUCUGCCCCUGAGCCCCUGCUGUGCCCCAUCUGCCGGGAGGCAUUUGUGCAGCCUGGCGAACUCAAGGAGCAUUUCAGGACCCACCGUGGCCCGCAGGGAGCCCUGCCCUGCCCUGAGAAGGGCUGCCACUUCGCCACAGAGGACCGCAAGCAACUGCGCAGCCACCUGCGUCACGUGCACAGAGCCUCCCCUGUGUCCUGCGCCUAUCGGACCUGCCCCCUGCUCUUCCCAAGCCGCCCGGCCAUGGAGCAGCACCACCGCACCCACCUCCCCUUCCACUGCAGCCACUGCGACUUUGUCACUGCCAAUGCCAAGCUCUUCUGGCAGCACAGGAAGGGCCACGCAGCGGAGCCCCCCGCCGAGAUGCGGGCAACAGAAAGUGCCUGCAGCUCCGCCGCCCCGGCCAGGACCGGCCUUGAGCAGCCCUGUGUCCUGCUGUCAGCAGAAGAAGGGCAGGAAGAUGCAGGGAGUUGCCACCCUGGCUGGGAAGCAGUGGCAGAAGCAGCCAGGCCAGCAGAGCCUGCAGGCACCAGGGAGGGCUCCUUGGAGGGGCAGAAGGCAUCAACUGGAGAAGAGGACUCGGAGAGCGGUGGGGAUGAGUCGCUUGAGGAGGAUGGAGAGAGCCCCUAUGAGGGUGAGACCAAAGAGGAUGGGAAGGAGGCUCCUGAGAAAGCCAAGGUGCCCCGAGCACAGCACUUCAAAGGGGAUGUUGUGGAGGGCUCCGAGUACCUUUACAAAACCCACAUGUGCCCCGAGUGCAAGAGGUGCUUCAAGAAGCGGACGCACCUGGUGGAACACCUCCACCUGCACUUCCCGGACCCCAGCCUGCAGUGCCCCAACUGCCACAAGUACUUCACCAGCAAAAGCAAGCUGAAGAUUCACAUGAUGCGGGAGACGGGUGAGAAGGCCCACCGCUGCCCACUCUGCCACUACAGCUCAGUCGAGAAGAACGCCCUCAACCGCCACAUGGCCAGCAUGCACGAGGAUAUCUCCAACUUCUACUCUGAUGUUUACUCCUGCCCUGUCUGCGAGGAGAAGUUUCGGCUCAGCCAGGCCCUCAAAGAGCACUUGAAGACUCAUAAAGCUGAGCCUAAGAGGCUGAACUGCUUCCAGGGAGACUGUGACUACUGUGCUGAAGACCGGAAAGAGUUUGUCCGCCAUCUCAAGGAUGCUCACGGCAUCAAGGCAGUGGAGUGCAAGUACCAUGCCUGCUCGCUGCUCUUUGGCACAGCUGAGGCCAUGGAGGCUCAUCGAAAAACCCACUAUGCUUUCCACUGCCAGCAGUGCGACUUCAUUUGCUCCAACAAGCACGUCUUCCGCAAGCACAAGAAGCAGGGGCACCCGGGCAGCGAGCAGCUCCAGUGCAGCUUUUGCCCCUACGCCACCUUCAACCCUGUAGAGUUUCAUGACCACGUGGGCAAGAUGCAUGCCAAUGAAAAGAUCCACAAGUGCACUGAGUGUGCCUUUGCCACCGCGCACAAGAGGGUGCUCAUCCGGCAUAUGCUGCUGCACACAGGAGAGAAGCCCCACAAGUGUGAGCUGUGUGACUUCACGUGCCGGGAUGUGAGCUACCUGUCCAAGCACAUGCUGACCCACUCCAAUGACAAGAACUUCAUGUGCACCGAGUGCGGAUACAUCACCAAGUGGAAGCAUUACCUGAACGUCCACAUGCGCAAGCACACUGGAGAUCUCCGGUACCAAUGCAACCAGUGUUCGUACCGGUGCCACCGUGCCGACCAACUGAGCAGCCACAAGCUGAGGCAUCAGGGCAAAAGCCUGAUCUGCGAGGUGUGUGGCUUUGCCUGCAAGCGCAAGUACGAGCUGCAGAAGCACAUGCAGGCAAAGCACUCGCAGAACUACCAGGUGCCCAUCUUCCAGUGCCAGUACUGCACCUACCAGACCAAGUACAAGCAGGCGCUGCUGAACCACGAGAACUGCAAGCACACCAAGCAGAAGGAGUUUCGCUGUGCCCUCUGCUCAUACUGCACCUUCAGCAACACCAGCCUCUUCUUCCACAAGCGCAAGAUUCAUGGUUAUGUCCCUGGUGACAAGGACUGGCUGGAAAACUAUGCCAGCAAGGAGCUGGAGAUCAGCUCAUCCGAGGCACUCUUUGGCUACGAGCUCAGCACGGCCCUGCGUUCAGAUGCUGGCUCACCCCUCUCUGGCAAGGAGCAGUGGACAAAAGCAAAGCCACCUCAGCUGGAGUCCCAGGGGGAAGAGAGCUACCAGCAAGCUUUGGUGGUGCCCCUUCUUGGGCAGGGUGCUGCUGUGCCAGAGGGUAGCACCAAGGUGGGGAGAGUUGUGGGUGAAGGGGACCAGAGCUGUCCCAUUGCUGGCGAUGCCCUGGGAGAUCCUUGUGCGCAAGCUGACCCUGCUUCAGGCUCAGCUCAGUUCACUGCUUCUGGGGAUGUGGUCGAGAGCUGCACCUUGCACUUGGAGACCCUGAACGUCUCAUCUGACCCCGUGCUGGAGCAUUUGGCCGGAGAUGCCUGCGCAUCGCAGCCAGAGAGCAUGGAAAUGCUGGCCUGCAAGGAACCUCCCGCAGCCUAUGAGGUGCUGGGCUCCCGGGAUGACCUUGGCUUGGAGGACAGUGACAAUGCACUCGAAGACAUCCCCAACUUUGAGGAAGAUGAGGCAGAUGCACACGGGAAUGGAGCAGUGAGGCUGGAGGGCAGCAUCAUGGCAGGAGACAGCCAGGGAAAAGAUGCCAUUGGGGAGAACACAGGCCACCUUGAGGGGUCGUGCUCGGACCUCCGUAAGCUGGUUGCAGAGGCUGAGAUGAGAGAGAACAGCCAAGCUGAGCUGCCGGAGGCCUGGCUCAGUGUGUUGAAGACAGCCGAGCAGAGCAACCCCCCCACCUUGGAGGAUGUGGCCACUUCUGGUGAUGAUGCAAAGGGUGGCUCAGAGUCGGUGCUGAAGGCACUGCGGAAGCAGGACAAGGAGCAGGCAGAGACGCUGGUGCUGGAGGGCAGGGUGCAGAUGCUGGUGGUGCAGUCAGAGAGCCAGAUCUUUAAGUGCGAGAAGUGCUCGUACAUCACACGGAAGGAGAAGUCCAUGUCCCUGCACUCCAAAGCCAGCUGUCAGAGCCGCCGGUCACCGCUUGUGUGCCGCGAGUGUGGUGCCAGCUUCAAGCAGCAAAGGGGGCUCAACACCCACCUCCUCAAGAAGUGCCCAGUCCUCCUGAAGAAGAACAAGACCCUCAAACCGGCUGUUCAGGAGCCACCUGGGUUGUGCCAACCUGCCAGCCAUCCUGGUGACAAUGGUCCAGAAACAUCAGAGAGCGACAGGGGACGCUUGGAGGAGUCUGGGCAUCUUGAGACCCCCUGGGAAGUAGAACUAAUACCUGAUAAAAUGCAGGCCUCGGGCAGUCCCUUAGCCAAGGAACAGGCCUCAGGCAGUCUUGCCCCUGAGAAAUCCCUCCCAGAUGACAGUACGGACAUGGUGGGAGAGCCUAUACAGCAGUGGGACCCAGCUGAGCCAGGUGGAGCUGCUUGUCCCUCCCAGCCUGGGAGAGCCUCUGAGAAAUACCGCCUAGAGGGAGGGAAGCUGCACUGCAAUGCCUGCUCCUUUGUGUGCUCCCGUGUCUCCACGAUCACCUCCCAUGUGGAGGAUGGGUGCCGGAGCCUGGAGCAGUUCUGGUGCUCCCUGUGCCCCACGGCCUUCCGCUCCCGGCGGGCCCUGAAGAGCCACCAUGCUGAGAAGCACAUCGUGCGUCCCGAGGAGGACAGAUGCCAGAGCACUAAGUCCCUGGAAGGAGACCUGGCUGGCAGUGAGACAAGCCAGCCCAGCGAGCCCCCGACGGACAUAGCUCCCCUGAAAGCUGCGCUUCCCAAGAGGAGGCGUUUCUCCUGCCCCACCUGCCCCUUCACCUGCCACCAGGAGCGGGCCAUGAAGACGCACAAGAAGAGGGGCUGCAUGACGUUGGGUGAGUUUCGCUGUGCCUCCUGCCCCUUCACCUCCAAGGUGGCCAAGGCUCUGCGGCUGCACCGCAAGAUGCACCGCAAGCACUACAGCAAGCGACCGCAGCUGCAGUGCCGCCAGUGUGAGUUCACCUGCAAGCAAGCCCGGUGCCUGCGGCAGCACGUCCGCAUCAAGCACGAAGGGGUGAAGCCGCACAAAUGCCGCUACUGCGAGUUCAGCACCACGCGGCGGUACCGCCUGGAGGCCCACCAGUCCCUGCACACCGGUGUGGGGCGCAUCGCCUGCGGCAUCUGCAGCCAGACCUUUGGCACCAACUCCAAGCUGCGCAUCCACCGCCUACGGGUGCACGAGAAGACGCCCACCCACUUCUGCCCACUCUGUGACUACAGCAGCUACCUGCAGAACGACAUCACCCGCCACGUGAACAGCUGCCACCGUGGCGAGCUCAACUUUGGCUGCUCCCGCUGCGAGGCCCGCUUCAGCUCCGAGACAGCCCUCAAGCAGCAUGUCUUGCGGCGGCAUGAGGAGAAAGUGUCCUAUGGCUGCCCGCGCUGUGGCUUUGUGUGCCACAGUGAGGCCACCCUCAAGUGUCACAUGCAGAAGCAGCACCCGCACCUGGAGUGCGGCACCUGCAAAGAGGCCUUCGCCACCCGGGAUGCUCUGGAGGAGCACAAGAAGCAGCAUUUCAGCCACCGCUGUGAGCUGUGCAGCUUUGCAGCCAAGGAACGGCAGCAGCUGGUGAGGCAUUAUGUGGAGACCCACGAGCCAGCUGCCCCCCAGGAUAAACCCCUGCGCUGCCCCUUUUGUGACUUUGCCUGCCGCCACCAGCUCGUCUUUGACCAGCACAUGAAGGGCCAUGGGGGAACCCGUGUUUAUAAGUGCUCGGACUGUGAAUACACCACCAAGAACAGGCAGAAGAUCACAUGGCACAUCCGUAUCCACACUGGUGAGAAGCCGUACAAGUGCCAUCUCUGUAAAUACGCCUGUGCUGACCCUUCACGUCUCAAGUACCACAUGCGGAUCCACAAGGAGGAACGGAAAUACCUGUGCCCAGACUGCGGCUACAAGUGCAAGUGGGUGAAUCAGCUCAAGUACCACAUGACGAAGCACACAGGCCUGAAGCCGUACCGCUGCGAUGAGUGUGAGUACUGCACGAACCGGGCGGAUGCGCUGCGGGUGCACAAGGAGACACGGCACCGGGAGGCCCGCUCCUUCAUCUGCGAGCAGUGCGGCAAGGCCUUCAAGACCCGCUUCCUGCUCAAGACCCACCUGAAGAAGCACAGCGAGGAGAAGCCAUAUGUCUGCAACGCCUGCGGGCGGGCUUUCCGCUGGGCAGCCGGCCUGCGCCACCACUACCUCACCCACACCAAUGAGCACCCCUUCUUCUGCCGCUACUGCCCCUACAAGGCCAAGCAGAAGUUCCAGGUCAUCAAACACAUCCAGCGGCACCACCCUGAGCGGGGGGCCAGUGAUCUGAGCCAGGGGGUGGGCAAGGACCCCAGCACGCCCACCGUCCACCUCCAUGACGUGCAGAUGGAGAGCCAGGCCAAGGGGCCCCCCGGGCCGGAGCAGGAAGGGGGCUGCCCUACAGCAAAGGAUGGUGCCCCGCAGUGAGGCAGAGGCGUGGACCUGACCCUGGCUGCUUCAAGACCCUGCAAAUGGAGGCCCUCUACAGAGAUGUAUGUGUGUGUAUAGGCAUAUAUGUAUAUGGGAUGUAAAAUAUGUGGCUGUAUAAAAGGAAUCUCUCAGCUCCUUUUAA